CCCCGCACAGCUGAAUACCCACACCCACCAUGAGCAGAAUUCUCGACAACGUCAAGUUCGCCGUCGACGCCUUCGCCGCCAGCGAGGCCCCCCUCGACGAGCACGGUGCCACCCCGCAGCCGUCCCUCCUCUCCCGCGGGAUCACCGACAUCCAGCAGAGGCUCGUCCGCGGGCCUGGCUUCACGCCCGACGACCUCGUGAGUCUUCUGCGUUUGCACGCGUCAUUACACGAGCCUGAAUGGCCCCGGCAUGACGACCGCAAGUUCCUGCUCGAGAAACUCCUCACCCUCAUAGCGCGCUCGCCGGACGACUCCGCGUUCGCCAAGCAGCUCGAGCACGCGGCCAUCCAGCUCUGCAAUGUACAAGACCUGCCGCACCCUCCGAGCGGCUACCUCGCGCUGCCGAAAAGCCCCAGCGCCCCGCCGACCGCGGCGAGCGUGAACAGUCCCGCGAAGUACGCGUUCCGCAGCGCGGACGGCGCGAACUACAACGUGCUCACGCCCGCCCUCGGGAUGGCGGGCAUGCCGUACGCGCGCAGCGUCCCGUCGACGAACCCGCUCCCGCCGCAGUACCUGCCCGACCCUGGGCUCGUGUUUGACACGCUGUUGAAGCGGGAUGAGUUUGUCGAGCACCCGGGUGGGCUCUCGGGCAUGUUCUUCGCGUUCGCGAAUAUUAUCAUUCACAGCAUCUUCAACACGGACCCGCGCGACUGGACGGUCAACGCUGCGAGCAGCUACCUCGACCUCAGCCCGCUGUACGGGAGCUCGCAGGCGGAGGUCGACGGCGUCAGACGACGGGACGGCCGCUUGUGGGAGGACGUCUUCGCGGAUAGGCGGCUCAUGUUCAUGCCGCCCUCGACGUGCGCGCUGCUCGUGCUCUUCUGCCGGAACCAUAACUUCGUAGCCUCGCAGAUCUUUGCGGUCAACGAGCGCGGGACGUUCGUGGAUCCAGCCAAGCUGGACGCGGCGGCGCGCGCAACACAAGACGACGAGCUCUUCCAGCGCGCGCGCCUCGUGAACACCGCGUUCUUCAUGCAGGUCAUCCUUGGCGACUAUACGAUGCGGGAGGCGAACCACGAGUUUGCGCCGCAGGGCGAGGGGAACGCCGUCGCGGUGGAGUUCAACCUGAUGUAUAGGUGGCACGCGACGAGCUCGGCGCUGUUCGAGAAGAUGUUCGAGGGGAAGUCGGGCGCGAGCGUGGCCCUGACGGUCGGUUUGCCGAUGGUGAGCAGCCUUGUUUCUCCGUUUGAUGCUCGGAGGGGAAUGACAAUCGAUUGGAUCGCAGCGGACCUCGCGAAGAUCCUGCUCGACGCGACGGAGUCCCCGGCGAGCGCGUUCAAGGCGCGCGGGAUUCCGGACGUGCUAAGGGUUAUCGAGAUCCUGGGGAUCAUGCAAUCUCGGAGCUGGGGCACAUCGUACGAGUCCUUCAAGGAAUGGAACCCGGACCCGAAGAUCUACAUGGCCGCUGAGAGUUUGUACCACCACAUCGAUAAUCUCGAGCUGCAUGUGGGCUUGCAGGCGGAGGAAGCGAAGGUGCCGAUGCCCGGCUCGGGGCUCUGCCCGGGAUACACGAUCUCGAGGGCGAUUCUCGCGGACGCGGUGUGUUUGACACGCGGGGAUCGGUUCUUGACCGUGGACUUUACGCCGUUCAACCUCACGGCGUGGGGGUACCAGGACUGCAUGUACGAAAAGCGGGACGGCUCGAUCGGCGGGAUCAUCGGCAAGAUGCUGUUCCGCACGCUGCCGGAUUGGUACCCGGCGGCGUCGGCGUACGCGCUCUUCCCGUUCAUCGUGCCGCAGAAGAUGAAGGCGUUCGUGAGCGACCUGCCGGACUCGCCGGUGGGGAAGUACAAGUGGACGAGGCCGGCUGGGCCUGCUCGUGCUAGGGGACUGCACGGCCCGGGGUCUGCGGGGCUGGUGGGGAAUGGGAGUGGAAACGGGAACGGGCUGAAUGGGUCUGCGAAGAUGGAGAGCCGGUUGCAGAGCCUCUUGGGCAGUGUUUUGCCUGAUGUGUCGUCGGUUGAGCGGGUAUUGUUGAACACCACUGCGGUCACCAAGCAUGCGCUGGUCAUACGGACAAUUACGGAGAAGUUGAUCGCGGCUCACUCGAUCGAGCACGUUGGGGCGAAGACGAAAUAUCUGAACGUCGUCAGGGACGUGAUCAACGUCCUUCCGGUGGUUUGGAUUGCCGAUGAGAUUAUUGGGCUGCCGUUGAAGACGGAAGAAAAUCCGAGUGGCAUAUACCGCCCUCAAGAGGUGGUUGAUAUGUUCCGCAGUGUCGCCAGUUAUGUCUACCACGAGACGUCUGCAUCGCGGGAGUUCGAAGAGAAUGAAGAUGCGGUGCGUGCAACAAGCCUGGUUGUCAAGCACGUGAAGGAGCUUCUAACAGACGCGAAUGGGCACUCGCUCAAUGGCCUCGCCGACAGUGCUCUGCAGUUGACGAUCGGCAAGAACGAACACGAGCGACCGUUCAUUCAGACACUAUUGGCCGCUUCACAAGGUAGCUCACGCGAUGCCUUGGCUGCUGGAGUAUUCGCGGAGCUUGUACCGACCGCUAUGCCGUUCGCCCGGGCUAUCUGCCAAGUGAUCGACUAUUAUCUCUGCGACGAACGCUGUACGCGGUUUUCUGAACAUUUGGCACGCUCGCGACGGCCCGAUGCUGCCUUCGACAAAGCGUGGCUGGAUGCUACCUCUCCCAAGUAUGGGUAUGCUGCUUUUCACAUGUUGCAAGCCAUAUUUGGCCUCCCUCGUGUCAAGACAGCACAAGGUUCAUCAGGCCAGCUGCACAGGAUUAUUAGCCCUGGCAGUGGUGACAACACACACUAUUUGAACACUGAUGCCCAGGUCACAUCAUGGCCCAUCUCACUCAUAAUUGAGGUAUGUGUAUUAAAAAAAUGUAGAGCCUGAUUUGUGACAUAUUGACAUGGUAUGUAUGUGCAAGUGAGCAUAAGCAAUAUACACCAUGAUUGUUGUGUCACUGUGUCAUGGAACUAAGCCUUAGCCACUGUGCCAAAUGUUACCAGAUUAAUCAAAUACCAUGAACAAGGCCCAUGAUGUUUUGUCAAAGAAUAACACACAUAAAAUGUGUUUUCCUGGAGGGUAUCACAUACCAAUCACAUUGUC